GCUCGGCCGACGGGGCCGCACUCGCCCGUGGCCGCCACCAUGACGGACCGCUCCGCCUUCGACACCAAUGUCAUCACCAUGACCCGCUUCGUGAUGGAGGAGGGCAGGCGGGCGAAGGGCACCGGGGAGUUCACGCAGCUCCUCAACUCCCUCUGCACGGCCAUCAAAGCCAUCUCCACCGCCGUCCGAAAGGCGGGCAUCGCCAACCUCUAUGGAAUUGCUGGGUCUACCAAUGUGACAGGAGAUCAAGUAAAGAAGUUGGACAUCCUUUCCAAUGACCUGGUGAUUAACAUGCUCAAGUCAUCCUUCAGUACAUGUGUUAUCGUGUCAGAAGAAAACAAAGAUGCUGUGAUAGUGGAAACUGAAAAAAGGGGUAAAUACAUAGUCUGCAUAGAUCCUCUAGAUGGCUCAUCGAACAUUGACUGUCUUGUUUCCAUUGGGACUAUCUUUGCCAUCUAUAGAAAGGUGUCCCCUGAUGAACCUUCUGGGAAAGAUGCUUUACAGCCUGGACGUAACCUUGUGGCAGCUGGUUAUGCUCUCUAUGGAAGUGCCACAAUGCUGGUACUGGCCACUUCUGCUGGAGGUGUCAAUUGUUUCAUGCUGGAUCCGGCAAUUGGAGAAUUCAUUUUGGUGGACAGGGAUGUGAAAAUCAAAAAGAAGGGGAAUAUCUACAGUCUCAAUGAAGGCUAUGCUAAAUACUUCGAUCCUGCAGUGACAGAAUAUCUGAAAAAGAAGAAAUACCCUGAGGAUGGCAGUUCACCAUAUGGUGGGAGGUACAUAGGAUCUAUGGUGGCUGACGUGCAUCGCACGCUGGUGUAUGGAGGAAUCUUUCUGUAUCCUGCUAACUCCAAAAGUCCUAAAGGAAAGCUGAGACUGCUCUACGAAUGUAAUCCUAUGGCUUUUGUUAUUGAGAAGGCUGGGGGCAUAGCAACAACUGGAUAUCAAGCAGUACUAGAUAUAGUGCCUGAGGAUAUCCACCAAAGAGUGCCUAUUGUCUUGGGAUCUCCUGACGAUGUGAAGGAGUACCUUGAGACAGUCAAGAAGCAUUCAGCUAAGUAAAGAAAGCUUGCUGCAGUCAGUGUGCAGGUGCGAAGAAAUGAUUUAACAUCUGAACCAAAGAACUCACUGCAGUACUGCAAGACUGAGUUGUCUGACCUCUGUAGCAAGAAAGCAAAUGAACCAUAUUUUCAUAAGAUUUUUUUAAAGUAAAAUCUUGCACAAUUGCAUUGUGCAAUGAAAGGCAUUAAAAGAUUGCAUUAAAGGAAACAUUAAAAGUAAAAGCAAGUGAAAAAUAUGUUUGCUUUUUUAUUUUUCAUUUGUGGUUACAAAAAAGCCACUGUGCUUCAAGGAGAUACUGUGUUACAUUCAAUAAGUGGGUAAAGACUCAACUUUUUCAGACAAACUGCAGUCUAUCAUUAAAAUACCUGACCUCCUCUAAAAACCUUGGUGGAAGACUUAGCAGCCCCUUACGGUGAGUGGCCUAUCCUAGACCAUUCCCUAGUUCUUUGGCAAUAAAAAUAAAUGCUAAUGUAUACACCUUCACAUGUUGUUUCUAGGCUGCAGAAGUUACUCAUUGUACUUCAGUCUGGUUUUAUUCUGACUGUGAAUUAAUAUCUGUGUAACAUGUAUGUUAGCGUGGGUUAAUUCUGACACAUACUGUUAAUAUUGACGCCUGACACUAUCAGAUCCAGUUACACAAGGAUGGAAAAUGACACUUUGGAGGUGGAUUUUGAAUUAGAUAAAGAGCAUGUGUAGACAACUUGUUACUA